AUGGACAUCGGGGGUCUGGAGACCGUGGUGGCCAACUCCGCCUACGUGUCGGCGCGCGGCGGCCCCGGCGGCGGCAGCAAGGACCGGCGCUCCAAGGCGCGGCUCCGCCUGCCCCACAUCUCCCAGUGCGAGGCCCUGCGCGCCCAACUGGGCGGCACCGCCGGCACCCAGAACGGGGGGUCCCCGCCCCCAACGGAAGCCCCGCCCGGCCGCACCCAAGAUGGCGGCCAGGAGACGUCGUUCCGGUGGCAGUGCGUGGAGCAGCCCAUCGGGAAGCUGCUGUUCCGGAGGUUUCUGGAAGGUUCGGCCGAGUUCGCGGCGGCCGGGGCGUUGUGGGCGGAGAUCGAGGCCUUCGAGCAGUGCGAGGACGCUGAGAGGGAUGCGGCGGCCAAGAAGCUGCGGAGCCGGUUCUUCACGCCGGGAGGGUCGGAGCACUGCGGCUUCCUCAGCGCCGCCGCCACCGCGCCGCCCACAGGUGAGGGGCUCGACGCUGCCGGGGUGGACGCCUUCGUGCCGGCGCGGCAGGAGCUGCUGGCACACCUGGAGGCGGCGGCCUGGGGGCCGUACCGGGGCUCGCCCGAGUUCAGCCGCUUCGUGCAGUUCAAGUGGCUCGAGAGCCAGGCCGUCAACGCCGACGCCUUCGCCGUCCGCGUGCUGGGCAAGGGCGGCUUCGGCGAGGUCUGCGCCUGCCAGCGCCGCGCCACCGGCAAGAUGUACGCCAACAAACGCCUCAACAAGAAACGCCUCAAGAAGCGCAAGGGAUACGAGGCGGCGCUGGUGGAGAAGCGGAUCCUGGCACGGGUCCACAGCCGCUUCAUCGUGUCCCUGGCCUGCGCCUUCCAGACCAAGACCGACCUCUGCCUCGUCAUGACCAUCAUGAACGGCGGCGACCUGCGGUACCACAUCUACAACGUGGACGAGGAGAACCCGGGCUUCGCGGAGCCGCGCGCCGUUUUCUACACGGCGCAGAUCCUGCUGGGGCUGGAGCACCUGCACCAGCACCGCAUCGUCUACCGCGACCUCAAACCCGAGAACGUCCUGCUGGACGACGCCGGUCACGUCCGUCUGUCCGACAUGGGCUUGGCCGUGGAGCUCAAGGAUGGAGAGAGCAAAACCCGCGGCUACGCUGGGACCCCAGGGUUCAUGGCCCCCGAGCUGCUCAAGAACGAGGACUACGAUUGGUCGGUCGAUUACUUCACGCUGGGGGUGACCAUCUACGAGAUGCUGGAGGCCAAGGGCCCCUUCCGCCGGCGGGGGGAGAAGGUGGAGAACAAGGAGGUGACGCGGCGCAUCCUGAACGACCCCGUGUCCCUACUCGGACAAGUUCAGCGCGGGGCCGCGCGCGAGGCCUGCGAGGGGCUCCUGGCCAAGGACCCCCCAGGCCGCCUGGGCUUCCGCGACAACGGCUGCGCCCAGCUCAAGGCCCACCCCUUCUUCAGGACCAUCAACUGGGGGCGGUCUCGAGGUCUGGUGCCGCCGCCGUUCGUGCCGGACCCGCGCCGCGUGUACGCCAAGGACCUGGGGGACGUGGGGGCGUUCUCGACGGUGAAGGGCGUGGAGCUGGACGCGGGGGACGCGGCGCUGUGCGACGCCUUCGCCUCGGGCACGGUGCCCAUCCCCUGGCAGGAGGAGCUGAUCGAGACCGGCGUCUUCGAGGAGCUCAACGUGUGGGGGGCCCCGGGGACGCUGCCCCCCGACCUGGACCCCAGCGCCGCGGGGGGCGCCGGGGCAGGGGGAAAGUCCUCGACGUGCCGGCUGCUGUGA